CUAGUCCUAAGGAAGCAUCCGUACAACGCGGUCGGGACCAGACCGCCGCCGGGAGAUAAACUGCUGUCUUUAAUAACAAACACAAUUCGCGGGUCGUUCACUCGUCAUUUAUUAACGGUCUGCCUUUAACGGUGUGAAUUAUUUUUUCCAUGUUCUACGACGUGCUAAUCUGAAAUGGAGAUUCUAAGAUUUAAACAUGUAUUCGUCCUUGGGAUCCUUCUAGGACAAGUCCAAAAUAAAAACAUAAAUUUGGAAAACCGUCAUGAAACAGAGAAUCACGCUCUAAAAUGUCCAUUCUCUAGACUAAUCGAAGAUAUUUUUCAUAUCCAUAAUAAAACAGAUAAAAUAACUCAAUUGAAAGACAGAGAGAAAACCAAAUUAUUCCUUAAUACUAUGGCUAACAUAACAAAUAGCAAUUCAGACAAAAAACAAGAAGAACUAAUUAAUGACAUAAUAGCUUCUAUAAAUAGAAUCAAAGAGAAUAUAACUAAAGGGAAUACAGGAGUAAUAAAUGAAGCGAUAUUACUAGACAAACCUAUCAAAGUGAAUCAGAUUAAAAGCGGCAUUGAAGAGAAAAUAGACGUACAAACAAAAAAUCAGACUAACAAAAUCAAAUCCAGUAAUGAGAGGGAUAAAGGCAAAACUACUACAACGGAAAGAACUAAAUACGUUGAAAUAUUAACUAUAGAACCAAACAACACUAGUACUAAUUCGGUCAAUGCGACGUCCAAUAAUAUAAUAGAGAUCUUGAAACAUUUGAUGCCGAUGUUCAACAGUACAGUAACGAAAGAACUUCACAACAUAACCAUUAUAGAGAGGAAUCAGAACAAGGACCAAACGUUUUCGGCAACAAAAAACGUUUCAACAAUCGUAGUCACUUACUGUGACAAAGAAAAUUUAACGAAACCAAAUUUUACACUUUCUGACGAUACAUCGCAAGAUUAUGAAUAUUAUGAUGAUGAAGAAAUCGGUGACGAAAUAUUGAAUAUGACUACAGGAGAGGAGAGAGAUAUAUUGGAAGCUGCUGAAUAUGGAAUGCAGAAAAUGCACGAGCUGUAUAGCGUUUUGGAACCAAAAUUAUAUUCUAUGGGUCUGUGGCUGGACGACAAGAAUCCAGCUCGCUACGUGGCUGCUUUCAACGCACCCUCAGAGGACGCUGCGAGAUUCUCCAGAUAUGGCUACGCCUCGCUCCAAGCAGCCACCAGACUGAAACAACUCGCCAAUGGUGGCGAUGGGUCUGGGCUCCAAGGUCGUACGGAAGAAGCACAGUUCCCAGCAGCAAGCUCAUUGCGUCAGUCUCCUCUCAUGCAGCACUGCCCUCUGAGAGCUCCCAAAUGUCCCCCAGCGUCAAAAAGAUACCGUACCCAUGAUGGGACUUGUAACAACUUCAACCGCCCACGUUGGGGUUCCACCAUGAGUCCAGUCCAGAGGUUUCUCCGACCUUCGUACGCUGAUGAUCUUCAAGCUCCAAGAAGGUCUGUCACCGGAGCUAGACUACCAUCAGCUAGAGAAAUCAGCUCUUUCAUCCAUCAGAGUGAGAAUGUGGAAAAUCCUGGUGUCACACAUCUUCUGAUGCAGUGGGGACAGUUCUUGGACCAUGACGUGACCUCUUCUUCGCAGUCUAGAGGAUUUAACGGCUCUGUGCCGAGAUGCUGCAAGGAUGGUGGGAAAGACUUCAUUCCGAGAGAAUUUUUGCACCCUGAAUGCUUUCCCAUUCCGGUACCGCCGUCCGACCCAUUCUAUGGCCCCAAAGGUGUCAGAUGCCUGGACUUCAUCAGGUCCUCGCCGGCCCCGCGUGACGACUGCGCGUUAGGCUGGAGGGAACAGAUGAACCAAGUGUCUGCUUUCAUUGACGGUUCGCCUCUAUACGGUAGCUCAGCGAGACAGUCUGAUAAUCUCAGAUUGUUUAGGAAUGGGAUGCUACAGUACGGGCGGGUGCAACAGCGCCGGCCGGUGCUGCCCCCGGACCACGGUGAGGGGCUGUGUCGCGGGGGAGCGCUCUCCACAGACUGCUUCAAGUCGGGAGACGCUCGCGUCAACGAGCACCCUGGCCUGGUCGCCGCACACAUCGUAUGGCUGCGGCAACAUAACAGAAUGGCACAAGAGCUGGCCCACUUGAAUCCCCACUGGAGCGAUGAAAAGAUCUACCAGGAGACGCGUAAAAUCGUCGGAGCCAUGAUCCAGCAUAUAACAUACAGGGAAUUUUUACCAAUUGUUUUAGGUUCAGAAGUAAUGGAACUAUUCGACCUAGACCUCCAAAGUAAGGGCUACUACAAGAACUACAGCCCUAAAGUAAAUCCUAAUCCGGCUAGUUCGUUUGGUUCUGCAGCCUUCAGAUUCGGACACAGUUUGGUGCAGUCAUCAAUGGUACGCUUCGAUAGGUUCCACCGCCCGAUGCACAAUAACGUAUCUCUCCACGAUGAGUUAACCAAUCCAUCAAACAUUUGGAGUAUGGGAGCGGUAGACCGCCUCGUCUUCGGCAUGGUCAACCAACCGAUCCAGAAACGAGAUGAAUUCAUUACAGAAGAACUAACAAACCAUUUGUUCCAAACGCCACAUUUUGACUUCGGUAUGGAUUUAGCGGCCAUUAACAUACAAAGGGGACGUGAUCAUGGGGUGCCUCCCUACACCGCGUGGAGAGAGCCAUGCGGAUUGACACCGAUUCUUAGCUUCGACGAUUUGAAGAGAGUAAUGCCAGAGAGGGUUGUAAGGAAAAUGGAAUUCUUGUACAGGGAUGUGGAUGACAUAGACCUAUUUACUGGCGGUAUGGCUGAAAGGCCAGUCGUUGGAGGUCUAGUUGGGCCAACGUUUGCUUGCAUCAUCGCGCAGCAGUUCGGCAAUUUAAGAAAAGGCGAUAGAUUUUGGUACGAAAAUGGAGGUUUCGAUUCAUCAUUCACUCCGGCGCAACUACAGCAGAUCAGAAGGAUAUCCUUCGCGCAAGUUCUAUGUCGAACUUUAGACACGAUCGAAACGAUCCAACCGUUUGUUUUCCUCUCCCCUCAAAAUCCUGACAAUGAAAGGACUUCAUGUCAAAACGGACUAUUGAGCAACUUUGACUUAUCCCCGUGGAUCGAAAUCGAACACGAUUCGAAUAACAUAAGAACCGUUGAUGAUGACCACAAACCGACCACCAAGAAACCUAAACGGACCAAACCUUCCACAACAACCAGAAAACCUACCACUCCUAAAGCUAAACCCCUCAAAAGCGCCGUCAAGAUGGCUGAAAAGAAACCAGCUUCGGUAGUCAAUUCAACGAUUGACAUUAAAAAAACAGAAAAUGCCACAUCCAAAAUCACUGACACUAAACCCGACAACAUGACUGUUACUGACGAAGACGCGACUAAAACUGACAAGACAAUACAAAUAGACGACAAAUUAGACUUUAAAAACAAAACACUACGUUUCGACACUGAAAAGAUUGACUCGCGACACAAAAGACCUACUAGUUACGAUGAUUACGACUACGACAAUGACGACACACAAAGCAUUCAAUCGAUUGUUAUAAAUAAUCUAAAUCAUAAAAGACCGCACAACAGACCCGUUAUAACUGUUACUGAAAACAUUGAUAAAUACACCUACCUAAUCAACUACGUUCCUAGACCUACGGUGUCGUGGAGGCAAACGACCAGAAGGCCUCCGGAACGUGACGUUGUCAAAGUGACUUAUCAGACCUAUGACGAUACGUACAGACGACCGAACAAACCUUACUAUUACAAACGGCCAGAAAAUAACUAUGAUAAUUAUAGGGAAAACAGGCCUGACGCUCAAACGAAUCGCCACACAUCACAUUCAUCAGCUAGAUCUAAUGACGAGAGUGUUCAAAUUACCAAUAAACCAAAAGUUAGCGAAAAACCCGCCCUCUUGGUACCCUCUACGACAGAAAACAUGUACAAACUAGUCACUUUCGGCUAUGUAGGCAAUUAUAGAGGUGAUUUAAAUGACUUGACCGCGGACAAAACUAACAAUGACGUUAAAACUGACACGACAGACACCAAACAUAAAAUUGAUACUAAACUUGACAUGACUGACGACAAAAAUGAUGACUUCUCUGACCAAAAUGUUGACAUAACUGACAUAAAAAGAAUGACCGACAAAAAUGACUCGACUGAACCUAAAAGUGACAUAACUGCUUAUAAAACGAUUGAUAAUGACGAAAUUAACAUAGACUUAGGUACUGUUAGCAAAGACUUUUCGACUUACGACACGAAAUCUGAAUUGACUGAAAAUGGCAAAACCAAUACAGAGAAACUAUCAACUUUUUAUUUGUAUGAAACUGCAACUAGACCAUAUACUUUACUUAGACCGACGAGACGUAACGACGACGACCGUUUACCUACUUAUCCGCAAACCGGUGGUAAAUAUUACUACGUGAAAAACGUAUUACAUAAAUAUCCUGAUACUGAGAAAGCUACGAAAGAGGAGACAUCCAAUACUGAUAGUGAUCCGACUAGUGAAAGCAUUGAAGAACGAUCUUCAGGAGAUAAAAUGGCGAAUUUGGAUGAAGUUGAACAAAAAUCAAAUAAACCCGAAAGAGUACGAAACAGAAUCAGGAAACCAGCCAGUGCGGCUAAAACACCAUCGGUUACUUUCCAAGUGAUUCCGAGCGAAAUCAGUCCGACUCAAUGGGCAGUGUAUGAAGAAAUGGAAGAUUUACCCGAGGGAAUAUCAUACAAAAUGCCAGUAAUUAAAGGUGAUCCGCAGGCACUCACAGAAAUACCAAGACCGUUCAACUUUAAGAAUUUAAGAAGACGACGUCCUGGAAGAUUUUAGAAAUAACAUUAAAUUAGUUCAAUUGUAGUAUAUAAUUAUUUUAUAUUUUUAUAAUCUCAACUUUUGUAAAUUGUCAAACAGAAACGCAUUGAAAAUAUUACUUUCUUUAGAUGCCUGCUUUAAGUAUUCUUAAAUACGUAAUUUAGAUUCGCCAUACUGUAAAUGCAGGCCUAUAUAUCAAUGAUUUACUGAAAUGACUUAUACAUUAUUGUAAUAAGCACUAUUAUUACCAGAAGCAUGUUAUUGUAAAAGUUUGCAGAGCAACCUACUUAAAAUACGUGACUCAAAACGAAAAAAAGACUGGACUUACUUGACAGACUAGAAAUGACGCACUGACCUAAAUGACUGACAUAUAACUGACAAAAUGUAUUACCAUAAUUUGAGCAUUAGCUUUUUCAUGACUUUUACAACAUUUUUCGACAAAAACCUUAAAUCUAUAAAAGCGACUUUGACUGAUGACAAAUUAAUAAUUUUCAUAAACCAUUAUAAUGAUACAAUGAUAUUUCUUGUUUGUUUAUAUACCAAUUACAAUAGCAGUAGACCUUUUGAAGCUGGAUAUAAGGAAGAAUAUGCACAUCUCGUGACGUCUAUCGCACGGCCAGAUAAAUCGCAAUGUGUUUCUUAUUUAUUUAUUCCAUCAAAUUUGGUAGUUUCUAACUUUCUCAUUCUGAGUCAGAGCUUUUAAAUUUAUUUUAUUUUUUUCGUUAUUAUUAAAGAUGAGAAAGCUCGAAAUAUGACUAAUAGGACAUGACAUGUUGACUGAACUAGACUAAUGACAUUUUAGACUUUAAGCAUUAGAAGGGACUGUAGUAUCUCUCGCAUGUACGUAUAAACUUCAAUAUGAAUACUGUUUUUUUUUUAAAGUUCUUCGUAUUAGAUUCAUAACGUAUUGAGCCAUGAGGAAAAACAUUUCCAUAAAAACAAUAUCCAAAAUAUCUAAAUUAAAGAUACCCUCUUUUUAAAUUAUUGAUAUUUGUUAUCUGACUGAUUAGAUUUAAACUGAGAAGGUGCUUUAAUUACAAGUGGAAGCGCUUGCGUAAUUAUAUGACUUGAUAGUACUGACGUAAUAUUGACAGUAUUGACUGAGUAAAGCGAGACUGUGACAAACUAUUUAUUGACACUAAACAAUGUUAGCAUAAAAUUUCCAAAACCAUUAAAGACUAGUAAAAAAAUGAAAUAGUAUUUCUCUUAUUUUGAUCGGUAUCAUCAUCGGAAGUUAUGAAAUUGUAAAGAAAAAAUUAUCUGCAACUCAGUUGCUGUCAUCUUCGAGCGAAGGCAACCACUCACCAUCAAGUGUGACGUAUGCUCGCCUGCCUACAAUGGCAAUAAAAGAAUACAAAAAGUGCAGGUAGAGUGAAUUUUGAUUGUUGUAUUGCAGCUUGCCUUUGCCUGAUACUAAAACGGACUGUGGCAUUAAUCUAUAGCGUUUCACCAUGAUUCACACCACGACUUAAUUCAUAACUCAUAUUAUUAUUAUUUUUUAUUGCCCUAGCAGGCAUACGGUCCACCUGAAGGUAAAUGGUUACCGUCGCUCAUGGGCGUCAGCAAUGCCAGGGGCAGAGCCAAGCCGCUGCCUACCGCUUAAUACUCUCCACAAGCCUCGUUUGAAGAAUGCUAAUUAAUACUAAUAAAAUAAAUAGCAAUGUUGACCGUUUUUACACAAUUUUAUUUUUUAAAUAAUAUUAACACAAAUCAAAGCGAGAGAAAAUUAGAUAAAAUAUAAAUUGAAUAUUACUCUACAUAAUAUUGCUACAUAACUAUACCAUAGGGUAAACUAACAAUCUCACUUUUCACCAUCAAACACCAUCUGUGUAACAGAACUGUUUUUUUUACUACACAGCUACUCAUUUAGGGAUGAGAUUUUAAUAUACAAUACUAAACAUUUACUUUUCAGUAAUGAAAAACAUAUAAGCUUACGACUAGCCAGUAUGAGAUAUUACCUAUAUUCAUAAAACAGUAAAACUGCUGUCUAAAAUUAGUUAAAACUAUAAAAUUAAAUAUUUAACAUAAUAAUUUUAAUAUUUAAGGUUUCAGCUAAGUUCUUCUUUUCUUAUUGCUGUGAUGGGUGGACGCUCUCAGGCCCACCUGGUGUGAAGGGGUUACCGGAAACCACAGCAUCAACAACGAAAAUGCCGCCACGUACCUUGAGAGGGUAGAUCUAAGGUCUCAGUACUGUUAGUCAUCUGUGGCCAUACAAACCGUAAAGAAUUAAAAACUUCAGAAACAACAAACGUGAGAUUAAGCCACAUUUUUUUAUAAAGAACAUGUAUCUUCAUUUUGUGAGUUGUAAACAUAAAUAAAAAUACUAUAAUGAUUUGAUCAAGUAUUUACAAGUACAUUUUUAAUAAAUUAAAAUUCUCUCAUGACCUUCACUUUUUUAAAAGAAAUGCAUAUAAAAUGCACCAAAAGUAGUAAUCAUUAUUAUAACUAUUAUUGUAUAGUUUUGAUGGGUGGACAAGCUCACGAACCACCUAUUGGUACUGGGGCCCAUAAAUAUCAGCUAAAAGCCACAGGAGCCC